GACCCUGACCUUGAUAAAGCAGCUCUGAAAAUUCAAGCCAGUUUCAGAGGUCAUAUGACUCGCAGACAAAGGACUGACAAGAAGGCUGAAGAACCAGCACCAACAGAAGCUGAAGAUGAAGUAGAUAUUGACCUCAAUGAUCCAGAAGUAGAGAAGGCAGCAGUCAAAAUCCAAGCUGGAUUCAAGGGUUUCAAGGCCAGGAAAGAAGUCAAAGACACAAAAACUAAGGUGAUUGAUCAAAUUUCAUCUGAAGAAGAAGAAGAGGUUGAUAUUGAUUUGAAUGAUCCAGAGGUAGAGAAGGCAGCUGUUAAAAUCCAAGCCAGUUUCAAAGGCUUUAAAACUCGAAAAGAAAUGAAGGAUCAGCCGACU